CCGCGCGCUUCUCCCGGCAGCCCCUGCGCCCCGCCGCCGCCUCUUCCUCCUCCUCCUCCUCCGCCGCCGCCGCCGCCGCCCUCGGCUGAUGGGACCCCCACGGAGAAAGGAGACGGCCUCCGCUUCCUGACCUCGCAGCCAGCCUUUGGGGCCGCUCCCGCCCGCCCCCCCGGGGCUCACCCUCCACCCAGAGCCACCAUGGCGGAACUUUUCAUGGAGUGUGAGGAGGAGGAGCUGGAACCCUGGCAGCAGAAAUCGAAACCGAUUAUCGUAGAUGACGACGAUGACGACGACGAGCCCAUUUUCGUGGGAGAGAUUCUGAGCUCCAAACCGACCAAUACGUAUAUCCUGAACAGAGUCAACUCCAGCUCGACACGAGUGGCUGUGCAGAAUGGGACGGCCAAAAGAGGAUUUCAGCCCGUUGCUCGGCCUGCAGCGAGCACACUGGCCGUGCAUCCUCAGCCGCGGGCGGGCAGUCUUUCCGGGACUCCAGCUGGCCUGCAGAAGCCCCCUGCUGGAAGCCCGUCGCCACAAGACGUGGCCAAGUCAAGUUCCGGCAUCUCCCAGCCUGUUGGCAGGUCCACCCCAACGCCUUCGCUAUCUCGGAACAUGCCGGUCAUAGCUCAGUCUCCGUCCAGGCCGGUGGCUACUGUGACUGCACAGCCUGUGGCAUUGAAUCGGGUUCCCUCAAGUAACACUUCCGGCAUGGUUUUUGGCUUAAGGCAGAGUCCAGGAUCACCGCAAUGUCCAGGCGGUCCAGCAGUGACGGCAAUAGGCAUGUCCAAGCGUCCAGCUCCUUCUGAAAUGGACAGUGUUAGUCCCAAAAAGGCUAAGGCUGAUGAAACAGGAUCCGGGAGUAGCCCACCGGUCUCGCCUUUGGUGAAAUCUCCAAAUGAGGUGCUGUCGCUUCAGAAAGGGGUGGCCUCCGGCGGCGCUAAGAACGGAGCCCCUUUCCCGCAAGCCUGUCCCAAGUGCAAUAUUCACUUCAACCUUUUGGACCCUUUAAAAAACCAUAUGAAGGUAAAAGUGUUUGUUGUAGCAAGUUGUAAAUGCGAAGGUGGUGGCGUCACCAAUCCUGGGUGCCCUCGUGGCUUUCGAGCCUACCGUGGCUGUGCCAAACAUUCAAAGCGAUGCUGGAACUUCCGAACAGCCACAGAUUCUGGGCGAGGUGUGCUGGGGGAAGCCAUUGUGCAAAUGGGAAGCCUGUGGUGCUAUGCCGGGCAUUUAGAGUAUCUGUUCCUGCACGGUACCGAAGAGAUGGCAGAAGCGAUCAGUUCGACAUUUGGCAUUAGCGUUAAAGGAGCCGCAGAGGCAGCCAGCUAUCAGUUCGCCGUGCUUUUAAAGUGUUUCUGUUGGUGGUUCUUUCGGUACUGCUGUCCGGAAUCUGGUGCACACCUUCCCGCCGGGCGCCGGCGCGAAACUCUCCAGGUAGCUUUGUCCAAAGCGGCCGUCACUCCGAAAAAGGGAAGCCCUGGAUCAUGCUGGUCAGCGGCUUCUCGACUCUACGGCCCACUGCGAGGGAGCAGCGUCCAGCAGCCGGGGAAAGCAGGAGCAGAAGAUCGCCGCACCACCUGGUCAAAAACCACAUGGAGAAGCAACUUUCACCUGGAGCUGGAGCUUGGGGAGAGCUGGGAGAGCCACACCUGCACCUGCCAGCACUGCUACCGGCAGUUCCCCACCCCCUUCCAGCUGCAGUGCCACAUCGAGAGCACCCACACCCCUUACGAGUCAUCCACCGUCUGCAGGAUAUGUGAGUUGUCCUUUGAAACGGAGCAGAUCCUCCUGCAACACAUGAAGGACAAUCACAAGCCGGGGGAGAUGCCCUACGUCUGCCAGGUGUGUAAUUACCGAUCGUCGGCGUUUUCAGACGUGGAGAAACACUUCCGAGCCGUUCACGAAAACACAAAAAACCUGCUCUGCCCUUUUUGCCUUAAAGUUAUUAAAAUGGGGGCCCCGUACAUGCACCACUACAUGAGGCACCAGGUAACGGCUCCAAGGGAAGGGGCUGCACCUUUUUGUAAGUGCCGGCUGCAGUUCCUGACGGGCAAAGAGAAGGUGGACCAUAAAUCUCAGCAUCACCGGACAUUUCGGAAGCCUCCGCAGCUGGAAGGACUGCCUCCAGGAACCAAAGUAAUCUCAAACCCCCUCUCCUCUCUGUUGAGAAAAGUGGACCAACAUGUCCCCGUGGCCAGUGAGUGGGAUCAAAGAAUUUUAGCAACAGGUUCCUCACCAGCCAGCCCCUCAGCAAAGAGUGAUGCAGAGAGGCGUCACGAGGUGAAACCUGAGCCCUGGAGCCUUGGAAGGCGCCCGAGUCCGAUCUUGGCAAGAGGAAGGCGAUUCCUGCCUCCCCUUUCCCUGGAGAGGAGCUCCACAGAAUCCGUGCUUAGCGAUCCUGGGGGGUCACGAUCAGGCGUCCUGGGAGUCCCCUUCUCCCGCCCAGGAGCUGACUGCACCAUCACUGGUGCAGAGCACCUGGUAGCGCCCACUCCUUUGCAGCUCCUCCCCAACGUCAAAAUGGCAAACACCAAGACCUACACUAAACUGAAUGUCAGCAAAGCCAGAGCUUCCAAGUUGAAGCCAUUGAGCGUCCAGAAAAGGCAGGAAUCGCCGGGAUGCGGCAACAGCAGCAUUAACAGCAGCGCCAACAAAAGGCACUGUAAGCCUAAGAUUGCAAACACGGCAUUAAGUAGCCUCAGAUGUUCAGAGAUCCAGAAAUGCAUCGAGUGUUCCUCCGACAUCCGCCCGUUCGCCAGCCGCUUCAAAACUCAGCUUUACGUCCACUGCAGUCAUGCUGCUUAUAGCUUACGAGCUGGUCGCAGCAAGGCCUACGUGAAUCACAUGAUGAGUUUUCACAGCGCCCGUCAAAGUAAACGGUAUUGGAUUUAUAAAGACCAUUCCGAAGAACUGAGGUAACUCUCCCUCGCCUCCUUUUGGAAGCUUCAGACGAAGAUGGCCGCACAGCUUGAAGAGCGAGAGCCCGGUCCCACAACAGGGUGCCAGGUCAUCAGCGAGGAGAAGCGAUGCGUGUUCCCCUCCACCCGUCUGAGAGGCAGGCUGCCUGCCAAGACCUUCCCAAACCGAACGCAGGACGCUUCCCCCUUGAAUCACGGAGGCGAAGGCACAUCCCAGGACCUUUCCACCCCCGACCCCCCUGAAGAGCAAGGAGGGAUGUCAGCUCCUGCCAGCUCAGAAGCAAUAAGCUCUGCAGAAGGAACCAGUAAGGACCAGCUUGGUCAGGGGGAUGAAACUAUUUUAGUGGGUCAAAGGGAAGAAGAGGCAUCUCAGCCAAGUCAAGAGGACUCCUCCAAUCCGGCACUCCCGGCGACGUCACAGAACCCUCCACCAGAAGGAAGCGAAAGCCGUCUUGGAGGCUGCCUGGGGGCAGAUUCUGCGGCGGCUGGGAGCGAGGAGGAGGCCGCAGCUCCUUCAGGCCACGGACCCUCCUCAUGUUUAGAAGAUCAGACCUCCUCAGAAGGCCCCAUGGGAAGUGGAGAGGCGGACCAGAGUGGGACUCAGCCAGGUGAAGGUGCUGCUGUAGCUGCCGAGGGUGGAGAAAGUUCGCCGCCUCCUGUUUGUGAACACUCUCCUGCUCCAGGAUUGCUGGACUGCUCAGAAGACCCAGGAGAGACUCUCAACACAGGAAGCCUGCCGGAUCACCUGGCAGAAGGUGCUGAAGCUGCCACGGGUGGAGAAAAUCCACCUCCUUCCGUUCCGGAACACGCCUCCAGUCCUGGACCAACAGUCCACACCGAGGACCGCGAAGUUUCCGCAGCAGAAAGCAACGCAGGCAGCCCUGAAAACCCAGUUGCUGAAAGCUCCGGAGCCGAAUGCGACAGAAAUGCGCCCGUGGUAGAAGACUCCCCUGGCCUGUCACCGUCAGCCUGCCCCGGAGACCUUGGCGCUUCCGCAGAGGAGCCCCAGCACUUUGGAAGCCAGGUGGACGACGGCUGUACCGCUGCUGCGUGUGAAGAAACGGCGGCCCCUGUUGCUGCUGCUGCUGCUGCUCUGGAGCCCUCCUCUAGUCCUGGGCUGUCCGCUUGUUCAGAGGACGCCAACAAGAUAGCAGAAGAAGCCAAGGGGGACGAUCCGGAAAGGGGGGUUAAGGAAACGCCUGUAGCUGCUGAGUGUCAGGACCGGGUGUCUGCCCCCUUGGGAGGCUCCUCAGAUGGGAGGGCCCAGGAGUCGCCACUGGAAGGCUCAGCAGAAGCAGCAGCCAAGGGAAGCCCUGGAAACCAGGUGGCGGCUCCGGCGGCUCCGUGUGAAGACAGCUCACCAGCACCCCCUGCAGGAGACACCCCCAGCCCAGAGGUCCAGCCCCCUUCUGCGGAGCCCCCACAUAGCAAAGGGUCAGGAAGUGAUGAUUCAGCCACCGAGGAUCGUGCAGGCAACAGCGCCUCCAAAAAGCCCCCAGGAGAGGACCCCCGCCCAGGCUCAGGGGACCAGCAGCCGGAGUCCGAUGUGGAGGAGCCUGAACUCGAGGAGGUGGACGCUGACUCCUCCAGGCCGGCCUCCGACGCCGAGGUCAGCUUUGAGCAGUUCCUGAGGCGCAGAGAUGAGCCCGAGUCGGUGAGCUCCGAUGUCAGCGAACAAGGCAGCGUUCACCUGGAGCCGCUGACUCCGUCGGAGGUGCUGGAGCACGAGGCCACAGAGAUCCUCCAGAAAGGUGGCUCUGUGGCAUCAUCGGCCAAGACGUCUGGGCCGGGUUCCGAGCCUGCGGAGGCGGGGGCCUCUCGAGAGGGCAGCCCUGACCCUCCGGAAGCAGCGGUAGCAGCAGCCAGCCAGCCAGAGGAGAGCCAGGACGACAGCUGAGGCUGAGCCAGCAGCACCGCCUUGGUGCCCCUUUGCAGAUGCCGCCUGGGACAGCUGGAAGGAACGUUGUGGGACACAAAUGAAACAUGUCAGCCAGAAGAGGCUGUUUUGCCUGCAACACGCUCACCUGUGAGGCCAAGAAGGGUAACGUUUGAGAUUUAUGUAUCCCACUGCAAGUAAGUUUCCCCCGUAGACCCGUGCUGUUUGUUAGUCGUCCCGGAGUGGUUGUGCAGAAUGUUUGGCCCGCUGCCAGUUUGGAGAAAGGCGAAUCGGAACGGGUUGUGGCACCCCUGCCCCGUGGAAGCUGGGCGAGGGGUUGGGGGCCGCGGCUCUCUGCCCCUCUAGAUCAGCGUGAUCUGCUAAAGAUGUUGGCUUAAACUUUCAGUGAAAGUGGAAUUAUUGUGAGACACGCCUGGUGGGUUUCCCAGGGUGCAAGCUGUGCGGGAAAACUGACACACUCUUUGUAUAAACGUUGGUUCUCCUUGGCCUGCGUCUUUGAGGUUGUGACUGUUUUAAAAUAUUUUUAUUGGCAGCAAACCCCCCCAAAGCCCAAGCUGUCCUUGAAAGGAAUAACUAGAGAACUGAACGGGAAAUACAUACAGCUGUUACACAGACCUAAACCAGGACAUUCAAAGCAGAGGUUGAAAUAUGAAUUGUGGGGGGGGGGGGGGAUUUUGGCAUGAAAAUCAUUUUGAUACGUAGAUAGGUGAAGGAAUGCAUCAAAUGAUUUAACAGUAGUUUGUGUUGAAGUAUUAUCAUCCGUAAUGAAAACACUCUGAAUCUUUCAGGAAGUUCUUUUGACUUGUUCAGUUUUGUUUUUAUUUUUUGGUUUUUAAUGAACAUUAAAUGUAUCGAACAUCCGUUAAGACCCUGAGAUGUACAUAUUUUGGAGUAAAUAUUUGCAAGAAAAUGUGACCUA